AUGGCGGCCAUGGCAUCCAUGUCGCUGCUGCCUGUGCUGCUUCUACCAUGCAUGUGGGCAUUGCGCUCCGAUGCAUACACAAGGGGCGACAAGCUGCUGCUGGCAUCAUCGCUUAGUCAAUACGAGUGCUCCCCGCAAUUUGUCGCCUCAUCCAGUGUCGACACGCACGAAUGGCAUUUGAUUGCAAUUGUCACAGGUUACAGAGGUUCUGGCGCAGGAUUGCGAGGUCUUGCUGAAGGCCUUUGCACGGCAAGCUUUGCCCAAACGGAUCGUACUUUGAUCGUUGUUUUAGAUGCCGUGGUCGGUGAGCAUUCUCUGCAGCCACUUAUGCUUCAGGGGCAACGUGUGGCCCAAGAGGUGCUGCAGAUCGUUGCUUCCGGGGCCGAGUACAGGAAGAAUUUUACGUCGUACUCGAUCAUCGGCCACUCCUUGGGUGGCCUCGUGGCAAGAGUUGCGGCAAGCCACAUUGACCGAAGUCUUGCUGCGGCACUCAGGCCCAGGCUUUUCGUGUCACUUUUUUCGCCACAUGCAGGGGUGGAGAGCUUUGUCAACUCUAAGCUGCUCCCCACUUUGAUCCACAUCUCGGGCACAGACCGUGGAGUUAUGGACGAGCUGUGCGAGAAAGUGCCUGAGAAAAGCAUUUUGGUCGAGAUCUCCCGUGGAAUGUAUCGCCAGGCGUUGGAGAAGUUCGAGACAAGAGUUUUGUACACUUCAGAAACAGACUGGCUUGUGGACUUUGGAAGUGGAGGCAUUACAGCGCAGAAACCUCCAGAACAUGAUGAUCCAGUUUCGGAUUACCCUUCCUUAGGCUUGCAGAGCUGGAACUUAAGCAGUGCCGCAGAGACUUGCCAAGCUCGCAGUGUGCGCUGUGAGGUGAUAAAUGAGUUGCGGCAUCUUGAAUUCACAAGAGUUCGAGCGCAAUGGCAACUCUUUCGGCCAGACAAGCAUUCCUUGCAAGACAUGACCGCGGUUGAGAGCUCCGAGUUGCUUCGACACAUCACCACAGAGUUUGGCGCCUCGAACUCGAACCGCCCGCGUGGUGCUAGCUGCGACAGCUCUGAGUUCUGUGCGCUUGGCCUUGAAUGCUUAUCGGCUACAUGCCAACCUCGUCUGUUAGAAGCUUCGGACGCAUGCAUCAAAGCAGGGGAUGAGCAGAUGGAGAAGUGUGCUUUUGCAGUCGAUCUAUUCAAUGAAGGUCUGCAGACAUGGCUUCUCGUCGUGACGAGCAGUGGGGGUGGGGGUCAUUUGGUGGCAGCGCGGAACCUGCAGCAGAAGUUAGUCGAAUGGCUUGAAGGCGGUUAUGAGACAGUUGCUGCGCAGUUGCAGGAACACAGGCCGCUUCUUACACCCGAGGCCUACCGUCUCGCGACAGCAGCGUUGUCCGCAGUGCAGAACGGCCCACCUGCGGUUGAAAUGCUUGACAUCAUGGACAGCCCUUGCACCAGCUUAGAUGGACAUGGAUACAUCCCCUUGGGUGGCUUCAUGAGCGAAAGCUGGAACAAGCUGCAAAGUUCAGGAGACAUCAAGGGUCUGAGGAGGCUGGUGUCUCUGCAGCCUCUUACACAACUGGUAUUUGGUCAACAGUGCCGGAAGUUUAUACAGUCCGUCGUUGAAGCUAAGAAGCUGGGCUACAGGCUGCCCCCGAAAAGACUGAUUUCCACACAGCCCCUACUCGUCCGGUCCUUGCUCGAAGGUUAUAUGGACCGAGGAGUAGAUCUUUACAUGACAGACUUGCCCACAGAGGAGGCUGUCCACUUCUUCGGUGCCUUGGAUAGCCUGCCCAAGGACAAAGUCUCGAACCUGUUCUUGCACACACUCGCCCCAAUGCGUGGUGGGGAGGAGGUGCUGCAAAAUAUGUCAGGCUUGCCGGGGCGGCAGAUCAUGCUUGAGAAGUUCAUGCCGAUUGAAGAUAGCUUCAUUCGGCCAGGGGGUCUCCCGUCACCAGGUCAAGCCGUUGCAAUACGACUCAAGGCGCAGAUACCCCUAGAGGAAGAAUUCCUUGAUGGGACUGGCCCGGUCACAAACCCAGUGAUUCUGGACGCUGAAGAUCAGGUGGUGUUGGUGAUGUUGGGCUCACAGCCGACUGUGGAUGCCAUGUUAAAGUACGCAAUGGAGAGCCUGAAGCUGCCCGUACCAACUGGGUCCCGACGAUACAUUUUCCUGGCAUGUGGACGCCCGACGACUGCUGCAUACAAACAGCUCUUUGCAGAUAUGGUUGCUUUGAUAAGCAGCAGCCCAGCCAAUGGUACCAUUCUCGUGCCCUUCACUGGUCAGCGAGCAGCAGAGCUUCUCGGCCGGGCAGAUGUUACCAUUACUCGCAGUGGUGGUCUCACGGCUGGGGAGCUGCUUGCAUUGCAGCACCGAGGCGAUAAGAAACAGUUUCUCCUCCAUGUCGAGCCAGUUGGUGACGAGGCCAAGACCCGCGCCCUUGCGGCUCUGCCUGACACCGUGGGCGACGCAGAUGCCUUCCGACUGGCUGCAAUGCAUGCAUGCCUGCUUGGCAUGGUUCCUUGGGAAGCGGGCAAUGCUCUAUACUUGCAGCAGGUUGUCGGCGCGAAGCUGGUGGAGCCUGGGAGCUUGGUCAGCACUCUCCUCGGACGCGAGCUCGAGCGGUCGUUUGCCGUGGACUGGAGGCUUUUCCUGCAUCUGCGCGGCUUCAAUGUUGCAGCUGUUGAUUUGGCAGAAGCACGGCAUUGUUCUUUCUCCCCGAGCCGCUCACGUGUUGUCUCUGAACCUGUGUUCGGGAGCCCCGCUUGCAACGCAGACUUGGAAGCCUUUGCUGGAGUUGGAAGCGUGUUCACUUUGGGUCGAAGGUUAUUGCCAUCUGCAGCCAUACCUUGCAACGACACAACGCUCGUUGUUCAGCGGUUCUUGCCGAUGCUCUACAAUCGAAUGCUAGAUCUGGCGCUGCAGGCAGUGACCUCAUGCCACGGUACCUUGAUUCAGCAAGAUGGCUUGGUGGCAGUGCAGCUGUGA